AUGACAUCACGUCCCCCACAGCCAACUGACACCGAUCGCGCCAUCGCCUAUGUCAAGAAAUCGCGUCCACGACAGAUCACGCAUCAUGAUAUGCUCGACAUGAUCUUGGUUAACGCCAUGCUACGCCAAGACGAUACGCCUAAGGCAAGUCGAACCGCCGCAUGCCUGCUGCGUCGCAAGCCACAGUUGGUCCAAGAGGUAUGGAAGAUCUUUUUGGAAACCGGUGGCACGGUCACCAAACCUGACCCGACGAUGGACAUGUCCACUCGCACAAGUCUCCCGAUGACGCCCACCAUCGUGAGCAUCAUUCAAGAAUUCGUCCGGCUGCGCCUCCAAGAUCGUGUCAGGACGGUGGCCAAGGACGUGGUCCAUUUCCUCCGGGCCCAGCGCAAUUUGUGUUUCGAUCCUGAGUCGGAUAUUUCCACCAAAGCGGCCUGA